AUGAUUCGCGGCGUUUGCGUCCUCCUCGCCCUCCAUGGCGGUGCAGCCGAACCCAACGGUGACGCGGUGCCGACUUGCGCCAAGAAGGGAGUGACCUACGUGAGCGAUGUCAAGGGCACUCCCAAUUCCGCGUGGCUCUACACCCCGAAGAUGUGCCAGAUGGCCUGCUACAUCAACCCAACCUGCAAGCAUUUCUCGUGGAAGGAGGACUCUUUCCCCGGCGGUGCCUGCAACCUCUUGGGAGAGGAUGUGCAGGAGAAGGUCGAUGAGAAGUCGUACAGCGGCCCAAAGGCCUGUGCGGGUGAGGUCCCGGUGAACGCGGCGUCGAUCACCGAUGCUGUGGGCAGUGCCAGCGCCGGGCUGGAGAAGUUUGGCAAGGAUCUUUUCGUGAAGGCAAACGAGGCCGGGAGCCAGCUCACCGACCACAUCACUGACAAGCUGAAUCAGGCCGGACAGGACAUGGACAAGUUUGGAAAGGACUUGACCCAGAAGAUGAAUCAAGCCAGCAGUGACCUGAACCAGAAGGCAAAUGAGUUCCACAACCAGGUCAGCCAAGUCGGACAGGAUCUCACCCAGCAGGCAAAUCAGGCCGCCAACGAUCUGACCCAGAUGGCCAAUCAGGCCCACAGUGACCUGACCCAGAAGACACAGGAGUUGAACAGCGGCGCAACCGAGCUGCAGCAGAAGCUCGACCAGUUUGGAAAGGAUUUGACCCAGCAGGCCAAUCAAGCCAGCGCUGGCCUGAGCAGUGAUCUGAGCCAGAAGGCCAAGGAGUUCCAGGGCCAGGUCAACCAGUUGCAGCAGGAUGUGGGCCAGCAGGUAAAUAAGCUUGCUGACGAUAUGGCCCAGCAGACCAAUCAGGUCAACAGUGACCUGAGCCAGAAGGCACAGGAGCUUAACAGCCAGGCCAACCAGCUCGGGCAAGAUCUGGCCCAGAAGGUCGAUCAGGUUGGGGACGCUCUGACCCAGAAGGCCAAUCAGGCCGGCAGCGACCUGAGCCAGAAGGCCGACGAGCUCAACGGCCAGGUCAAUCAGCAGGCCAGCCAGGUCGGCAGCUCCCUGGAAAAGCUCGGGCAGGAUCUGACCAAUCAGGCCAAUCAGGUUGGGGAUGCUCUGACCCAGAAGAUCAAUCAAGCCAACAGUGACCUGAGCCAGAAGGCCAAUGAGAUCCAGGGCCAGGUCAACCAAGUCGGCCAGGAUCUCACCCAGCAGGCAAAUCAGGCGGCCAACGAACUGGCCCAGAAGGCCAAUCAGGUCAACAGCGACCUGGCCCAGAAGACAAAGGAGUUCAACAGCGGCGCCACCGAUUUGCAACAGCAACUCAAUGAAGCCAGCGCUGGCCUGAGCAGUGAUCUGAGCCAGAAGGCAAAGGAGUUGCAAGGCCAAGUCGGCCAGUUGCAGCAAAAAGUGGACACGGGUGCAAAUCAGAUUCUGAACGAUGUGGCCAAGCAGACCAAUGAGGUCAACGGUGCCCUGAGCCAGAAGGCAAAGGAGUUCAGCAGCCAGGCCGACCAGCUCAAACAGGAUCUGACCCAACAGGCUGAUCAGGUUGGGGACACCCUGACCCAGAAGGCCAAUCAGGUCAGCAGCGACCUGAGCCAGCAGGUCAAUGCGGCAUCCGAAAGCCUGGGAGCGGCGCCAGCGGCCCUGGGCGCCUCGCUGGGCGCCUCGCUGGGCGCCUCGCUGGACCAGGCCGGCAGCGACCUGACACAGACGGCCAACGAUGCGAUGCAGACGGCCAACGAUGCGAUGGAGUCCGCGGGAUUGCAGGCCAAGGAGGCCGCCGACCAGAUGGGCGAGAAGGCCAACGAGAUCCUCGGCUCCGCUCCGGGCAGCUCGGGCGGCGGCGGUGGCGACAACACCAUGACCUACGGCGUGAUCGGGGGCAUCGCCGGUGCCCUUGCGUUGGCGGGCGGCGCCUACUACUUCAUGUCCGGAGAUGAGAAGAAGAAGAAGAAGUCCAAGCGCGCCGUCGCUGUGGACGCAGCCCCCAUGAUCGAGGAGGCGCCGGAGGUCCCUCAGGUCACCGCGCCACAGGCCUUCCCGCAGCAGUUCCAGAACCAGGUCCAGAACGUGAUGGCCUACGCCAACCAGCAGAUGCAGCAGGCUGCGCCACGGUAUUAUCACCAGGUGCCGCAACAGGCCCAGGCCUACCAGACCGCCACCUACCAGCCCACGACCUACCAGGGCGGCUACCAGGAGCAGCCAAAGACCACGGACCGCGAGCACCGGCGCACCAGGCGCGUGUCUUUCGAUCCCACCCCAGAGAUCGUUGAGAUUGAGGGGUUGACAAGCAGCGUUUUGGAGCAAAGUUCUCGUAUCACCUUUUUUCUCUGCGCCUGCGCAGCAAACAUGUGGCGGCUGUGGGCGAUAGUUGCCGCCGUGUCUGCGGCUGGGGCAGACCACCGGUCUGUGACGGGCCAGAAUGGCAUGGUUGCCACGUCACAUCCCGAGGCCAGCGCCGCCGCGGCGCGCAUCCUGGAAAGGGGAGGCAAUGCCGUAGAUGCAGCCCUUGCAGUGCACUUUGUGCUUGCGGUAGUGGAACCCCAGCACGUGUCCAUCGGUGGUGGCGGCGUCAUGCUCUACAAGCCACUGGAUGGGGAGGCUGUCCAUGUGGACUUCAGGGAAGAAGCACCAGCCUUGUACCACCCAAAAACCUUUUGCAGAAAUGCCGCUUGCAUUCGGGACCCAAACUGUGAGUGCAAAGGCACUUGGCCAAGCAACGAGCGUUGCACAGGAGGCCACGCCACUGGCACACCGGGGUUCCCGGCACUGGUGGCGCUUGCAGUGCGCGAUCGGCUCACAUCACUGCCGCUCUCAGAGCUCGCGGCCCCAGCGAUAGAAUUGGCCCGAAAUGGCUGGAGUAUGGACGAUGGACUCUACAAGAGCAUCCAGCAAUAUGCCCCGCAGUUGGCUCGAGACCCUGCCUCUCGAGAACUCUUCUUAGAUGCUAGUGGCACCAAGCCCAGGGCCGAGCCCGGUGAGCUGUUGAGGAAUCCGCAGCUCGCAGACACCUUGGAGUUGCUGGUAGCUGCGCCAGACGGCUUCUACACAGGGCAGCUGGGCACGGAGUUCGUGAAGGCAGCGCAGGGCGGCCUGAAUAAUGUGACGGGCAAGUAUGGCCUGCUGUCUGCGGAGGACUUGCACAGCUAUCGCGCUGUGUAUCGUGAGCCGGUGAAGUAUGAGUACACUACCGCUUCGGGUCACACAUACCUCAUCACAGGUUCAGCACCACCCUUUAGCGGCGGAGUGGCGCACGCUCAGAUCUUCAACUUUCUUGAGCAGGUGGAAGGGGCAGAAGCCACGAGUGCUCGCGACCUGGGCUUCUUCAUGGAUGCGCAGAACGUCGCGUUUGCCGACCGCAACCAGUACGUGGCCGACCCCGACUUUGUGGACGUCGACGUGAAGACCCUGACGUCGAAGAGCUAUGCGGCCCAGCGCGUGAAGGAGCUCCUCGGCACUGCUGGUAGCAAGCAGUCGCUCCACAGCAACGAGGUGAGAGCGUUAACUGUGCCCGUGACGCCAGGCGCGCUGAGCUCCGAACGCGGUACGUCUUCUGCCGAGGACUACGGCACCUCCCACAUGACCAUCAUCGACUCCAAGGGUAACAUUGUGGCCAUGACCACGACGGUGAACAUGAUCAUGGGCUCGCGAGUCACCGUGCCGGGGCGAGGCUAUCUGCUGAACGACGAGCUGUGCGACUUCGACUCCCUUGGCUUUGAUUCUGCAGGGCAGAUGACAGUCAAUGCAGCCGAGGGGGGCAAGCGCCCACGGCGCACAGCUCUUGGCUCUGACAGCAGUUCCUUGGGUGGCAAAAGGCCUCGGUCCUCAAUGAGUCCGACCCUGGUGGUGCCCAAAGAUCCAGGCCACGCCGCCUUUGCCGUGCUUGGCUUAGGGGCACCUGGGGGCUCCGACAUCAUUGGUGGAACAGCCAACGUCCUCAGAUAUACUUUGACUGCACCCACUGCGGAUGAUGUCCGAGAGCUGCAGAAGCACACGGACACACCGCGUGCCAUCGGCAAGAAUGAGCCGCGGAUGGGCAACGCAGUUGUGGAGCUCGCGCUCUUCGAGGACAAGGAGAAGGUCGCAUCCCUGCAGUCUUGGGGCUACAACCUGACGCAUACGCCGUACUCGCCACCCUACUACGUGGGAGAGACGUACUCUCGGGUACAGUCAGCGAUGAUGUGGCGUGCUGACUCCACUUCCCCUUGGGAGUUUGUGGGAGCGGCCGACACCAUGCGCUUGCCCACUUGUACGGCCCAGGCUCCGCGAAGCCUCCGUGGCGGCGCAGCCGAAAGCAACAGCGACGCGGUGCCGACUUGCGCCAAGAAGGGCAUAACCUACCUGAGCGAUGUCAAGGGCACGCCCAAUUCGGCAUGGCUCCACUCCCCGAAGAUGUGUCAGAUGGCCUGCUACAUUAACCCAACCUGCAAGCAUUUCUCGUGGAAGGAGGACUCUUUCCCUGGCGGUGCCUGCAACCUUUUGGGAGAGGAUGUGCAGGAGAAGGUCGAUGAGAAGUCGUACAGCGGCCCAAAGGCCUGUGCGAGUGAGGUCCCGGUGAGCGCAGCGUCGCUGGCCAAUGCUGGCGAUGACCUUGCCCAGAAGGCAAACGAGGUCGGCAGCCAGUUCAGCAACCAGCUGAAUCAGGCUAGUCAGGAUCUGGACAAGUUUGGAAAGGAUUUGACCCAGAAGGCCAAUCAAGCCACCAGUGACUUGAGCCAGAAGGCAAAUGAGUUCCACAACCAGGUCAACCAAGUCGGGCAGGAUCUCGCCCAGCAGGCAAAUCAGGCCGCCAACGAUCUGACCCAGAUGGCCAAUCAGGCCCAAAGUGACCUGACCCAGAAGACGCAGGAGUUCAACAGCGGCGCAACCGAGUUGCAGCAGAAGCUCGACCAGUUUGGAAAGGACUUGACCCAGCAGGCCAAUCAAGCCAGCACUGGCCUGAGCAAUGAUCUGAGCCAGAAGGCCAAGGAGUUCCAGAGCGAUGUGAACAAGCUCCGGCAGGAAGUGGGCCAGCAGAAAAAUCAGGUUGCAGCGGAUCUGACCCAGAAGACCAAUGAGGUCAGUGGAGACCUCAACCAGAUGUCAAAGGAGUUCAACAGCCAGGCCAACCAGCUCGGGCAGGAUUUGACCCAACAGGCGAAUAAGGUUGGCGACGUUCUGACCCAGAAGGCCAACCAGGCCAGCAGCGACCUGAGCCAGAAGGCGGAUGAGCUCAACGAUGUCGGCAAGGACCUGACACAGACGGCCCAGGAUGCGAUGGAGUCCGCGGGAUUGCAGGCCAAGGAGGCCGCCGACCAGAUGGGCGAGAAGGCCAACGAGAUCCUCGGCUCCGCUCCGGGAAGCUCGGGCGGCGGUGGCGACAACACCAUGACCUACGGCGUGAUCGGGGGCAUCGCCGGGGCCCUUGCUUUGGCGGGCGGCGCCUACUACUUCAUGUCCGGAGAUGAGAAGAAGAAAAAGAAGUCCAAGCGUGCCGUCUCUGUGGACGCAGCGCCCAUGAUGGAGGAGGCGCCGGAGGUCCCUCAGGUCACCGCGCCGCAGGCCUUCCCGCAGCAGUUCCAGAACCAGGUCCAAAACAUGAUGGCCUACGCCGGCCAGCAGAUGCAGCAGAGGGUCCCUGUCCCACAAUACUAUCAGCAGGUCCCACAGCGAACGCAGGCGCCCCAGCCCUACCCCGCUGCUGCUUACCCGGCCGGCACCUACCAGCUCGCGACGUACCAGGGCGGCUACCAGGUGCCGGGGCAAGGCGAUCCCGAACCCAAGGUUGAGUCCAUCAGCCUUCCCGGAAACGGAAGAAUGCUGUCAAGUGCUCAUCGUCAUCCGGGGCGCAGCCGAACCCAACUGAAGAAUGGCGUAACCAACGUGAGCGAUGAGCUUUGCAGACCAUCCGAGCAGAUGUUGCCGGCCGUGCCCACCGCCGCCUACCUUUGGGAUUCAGGGAAGGAGUCGUUGCGGCUGGGUCUUCGUCAUGUCCGGAUGCAGCAUCCAUGCUCGGUCUUCGCGAUGAGUCCCUCCAAGCCUGGAUGCAAGAAGGGGCUUCUUUUGGGUCUAAGCUUUUGGGCUGAUGAGCCUCAUGGGGUGAUCCAGCCGGCCAACGUCCAAUACUCCAACAGUACGGCCCGUCAGAAGGCCGUGGCAAUGGCGGGCCUCGGGUUUGCCGCAGCUCAAGACGACGCGUGCCACUCGGCGCACACCGCCAAGGCGGACUGCGCAGCGGAUGCCAAGUGCACCUGGUGCGAGGCGUCUGCCGUGCCCAGCGCCUGUUACACCAAGGAGGACGCCAAGAAGCUCCCACCGGCCGUGUUCACCUGCGCGACAAAGACAAAGGCGCGCCGAUCCGAGCUGCUCCCCCGCGCGGAGGUGGAGAAGCUGGGCGUGGUCUGGCGCGGGAACGCUUCCAGCCAGAGCUCGCACGAGCUGCUGGAGGCUGCAGAGUUGCCCUCGGACUUCAGCUGGUGCAACAAGGAUGGCAAGAGCUACUGCACCAUGUCCCGCAACCAGCACAUCCCGCAGUACUGCGGCUCCUGCUGGGCCCACGGCGCCAUCUCGGCGCUGGGCGACCGCAUCAAGAUCGCGCGCAACGCCCAGGGCGUGGACAUCAACCUCGCGGUGCAGCACCUGCUGAACUGCGGCGGCGUGGGCACCUGCAAGGGCGGCAGCGUCGACGGGCCCUACCAGUGGCUCAUGGACAUCUCCAAGAAGGGCACCGGCAUCAGCUACGAGACGGCGAACCCCUACGUGGCCUGCACUUCCGACUCCGAUGAGGGCUUCUGCAAGUACGUGGACACGUCCUGCAAGGCCUUGAACGUGGCCCGCACCUGCGGCAGCUUCUCCCAAGAGGGCGGGCCCUGCACGGGCCUCGGCGAGUUCCCCAACGCCACGAUCUCGGACUACGGAUCCAUCUCGGGGGCCGACGCCAUGAUGAAGGAGAUCUUCCACCGUGGUCCCAUCUCGUGCGGCGUGGACGCCAACCCCCUGCUGAACUACGAGUCUGGCAUCAUCAAGACCAAGGGCGAGGGCGUGGACCACGUGGUCUCCGUGGUGGGUUGGGGCACGGACCCCAAAGACGGAAUGUUCUGGAUCGUCCGCAACUCGUGGGGCGAGUACUGGGGCGAGAUGGGCUACUUCCGCGUCGCGAAGGGCGCCCUGCUCCUGGAGGACCAGUGCUCCUGGGCGGUGCCUUCCAGCUUCACGGCCGCGGAGAAGAAGAACCAGGUGCAUUGCCAUGAGGGCGGCGACAACUGCAAGGCCAAGGCCGCGCAGAUCGUCGUCUGA